AAAAAGAAAAUGACAUUUCUAGGCUGUGCUGUGCCUGUGUCUUCCGCUGACUCCACCUUGUAUUGUAUCUUCUUCCAGCACUGCGUUACGUUGCGUUUGGAAACUCUGAUUAGAGCCUUCGAGUUGGAUCUCAAAUUUUGAUUUCGUAAGUUCACUUCUCAUUUUCUCUAGUCUUUAUUAAUUUCAAAGUCACACACACUUGUGACCGUGAUUGCUGGAAAGAAAUAGGAAGGGAUUGUGUAUCAAACAGGUGGUGGGCGUGGCACCACGAAAACGUUACUCCUUCAUUUAAUUUCAAAUUGAAGUUGUAUGCAAAAACAGAACUGAAUAAGCCUAAACUGCAACAUCACCCCAAAUUUCUAUCCUGCAACACAAUUCAAUAAAACCACAGCGAUGCUGUUUGGUACUGUGAAGGGAACAUAACAGUGGCGUGGUUGUAGUGCAAGAGAAGGUAUUGCAGAUUGAUUUGGUUGUCGGAAGAUGCAUCCUCCUUUAACAUUGCACAAACACCCAAUGUGUGCUGAAAUUAUUGAACAGUUUCAAAAGUGUCAUAUAGAACAUCCUAUUGCAAAAUUCUUUGGUGAAUGUACUGAUUUGAAAAUAAAAUUGGAUCGUUGUUUCAGAGAAGAGAAAGCUUUGAAGCGGAAGGCUAACUUUGAAGAGAGCAAAAAGUUGAAGGAACAGUUGCGAGCUUUGAGGAAAGAAAAUGCUACAAGCAGUGGUCAAUAGAAGAAUCUUUUGAAAUGUUGAAAAUACAAAAUUGUUUUGCAAAUUACAAUCCGUAAUUUUGUACAAUGGCUGGAUACGAUAUGUAUCUUGCAGCCUCAAAAAAGAGGGUUAUUACACAUAAUAUUGUUUGGAGUAUAUCUGAUGCUCUUGCCUUCAGUGCUCUAUCUUUAUGAUGCUCAUUUACUGAUUUGAUGAAUCACUAUGUAUGCUGCUCACUUACAUGUUAUUGCCUCUGGUCCUUUUUAUAAGAAACAAGUGAUUGUUUAUUUUUACACCA